AUGGACGGUCAAAAGAUCAAACGCUCAAAGAACAUAAUGGCUCAAUCAACAUAUCAAUCAGUGGUUUUAGCAAAGCGUCCUACUGGACAAAUCGUUCCAGGAGAGACUUUCGAGAAGAAGGAGAAUCCAAUGGUAACGGAGGCAGAUCUCAAGGAUGAUCAAGUCUUGGUUGAAGUGUUAUAUCUUUCAUUGGAUCCGGCCAUGAGAGGUUGGUUAAACGACAGAAGAUCAUAUGUUCCACCUGUACAAAUUGGUGAGGUCAUGCGUGGUGUUUCCAUUGGAAAGGUUAUCGCCAGCAAAUCAUCGAAAUUCAAUGUCGGUGACUACGCAUCCGGCAUUACAGGAUGGAAAGAAGUAGCUAUCAUGGCUUCCAAAGACCUUACACCUAUUGAUCUUCCACCCAACGGCAAGCUCACCGAUGCCCUUGGUGUUCUCGGAAUGACUGGUCUUACCGCCUACUUCGGAAUUCUCGAAGUUGGAAAAAUCAAGGCUGGAGAUUUCGUUGUAGUAUCUGGUGCCGCUGGUGCUACUGGAAGUGUUGUUUGUCAAAUUGCUAAGCUUAAGGGAGCCAAGGUUUUGGGUCUUGCUGGAAGUGAUGACAAAGUACAAUGGUUGAAGGAAUUGGGUUGUGAUGAUGCUUUGAACUAUAAGGAUAAGGAUUUCCCAUCUAAGUUCAAGGCUUCUACACCAAACUUCAUUGAUGUAUUCUUUGACAAUGUCGGAGGAGAGAUUUUGGAGCUUGCUCUCAGCAGAGCUAAGCCAUUCUCAACUUUCGUUAUGUGUGGUGCUAUCAGUCAAUAUAACUCUGAUACUCCAGUUGGACCAAAGAACUUCUCAAUGAUCAUCGCAAUGAGAAUUCGUCUUCAAGGUUUCAUCGUCUUCGAUUAUGCAUCCAAGUAUGCUGAAGCCCGUAAAGAGAUGUCUCAAUGGUUGGCAGAAGGCAAACUCCAAAGAAAGGAGACUAUUAUCAAGGGUGGACUUGGUGUUGCCGAAAAGGCUUUAAUGGAGUUGUAUCAAGGUGUUAAUACUGGUAAAUUAUUGGUCGAGAUUAAGGAAGAUAGUUCUAUUGGUUCCCGUUUGUAA